AUGCCCCAAUUGCGCGACAUUGCGGUGCCAAUUUACGCCUACGAGAACCCUGCAUUCAAAAAGGAUGAAGAGAUUGUCGGUUAUGUGAGCAAGAAGCAUACGUCCUCUUCGUAUGGGCCAGCGGCGAAUGACAAGACGAAGGAAACUCAAAGGCCUUCAGACGCCAGUUCCGCAUACAGCUGGAGAGACGCGGAGAACGCUGACGGGAAGACUUCCCCACCAGAGGAAGAUGGGGAACAUAGAGAUCAGUGGGGGAACCCCAUCGAGUUCCUGCUGUCGUGCAUCUCCAUGUCGGUGGGGCUGGGGAAUUUCUGGCGGUUCCCCACUACGGCUUACCAGAACGGGGGAGGAGCCUUCCUCAUCCCCUACCUUGUCGUGCUCUUCUUCAUUGGAAGACCCCUCUACUUCUUGGAGCUGAGCCUUGGCCAGUUUACGUCACAGAGUAUGGUGAAAUACUGGAAUGUUUUACCCGCUUUAAAAGGGGUGGGCUACGCACAAGCCAUCGCGUCAUCGUCAGUCGUCUGCUACUACAGUUCCAUCAUCGCCAUCUCGAUCUUCUAUUUAGUGAUGUCCUUCCAGUCGCAAUUACCGUGGGCUGUUUGUGAUGAGUCCUGGGCCAACAACGACACUUGCAUUGAAGUCAACGCGGGCGACGCCGCAGCAAACCUCUCGGGGAUUGCAGUCGGGGGCGGGGGUAACUCGUCUAAAGAGAUUUCUGCUCUUCAAUAUUUCAGGGACUACCUCUUGCAGCAGCCAGCGAACCUAGACAACGGUCCCGGAGUACCGGACUGGAGACUCGCCAUCUGCCUUAUCGCAGCCUGGCUUAUCAUCGGAGGUUGCUUGUACCGGGGGGUCAAAUCUUCGGGAAAAACAAUCAACCAGUUCAUCACUCCGCGGUGGGAGAAAAUCAUUGAAGCCAAGGUCUGGUACAACGCAGUCACUCAGUCGUUCUUCAGUCUGUCUGUUGGCUUUGGUCCCGUCAUCAUGUACUCCAGUCACAACGACUUCAGACACAAUAUCUACAGAGACUCGCUGAUCAUCAGCCUCAUGGACACAAUCACCUCGCUGCUGGCAGGCUUCACCAUCUUCAGUAUUCUAGGAUAUCUUCAGUACGUCACCAACACUAAGAAUUUCGACGACAUCGUCACCGGUGGCACGUCGCUUGUUUUCGUCGCCUAUCCUACCGCCAUAGCAUCAUUUGAGACCGUUCCGCAGCUUUUUGCAGUGAUCUUCUUCCUGGUGCUGCUCACUCUGGGCAUCGGUUCAGCCAUGGGGCUUGCCAGCGCGGGCAUCAGUGUCGUCCAAGAUAAACUCGUGCCAAUUUUUAAAAAUAAAAUAAAACCAGAAUGGAUCACCGUCGCCAUGUGCAUCAUAUUCUUCUUCAUCGCACUAGUUUUCAUUACACCGGGUGGACAGUGGGUGUUGGAUCUCGUUGACUUCUUCGGUGGUGGAUUCAUCAUCUACAUUCUGGCUACCAUUGAAUGCGCAUGCCUCAUGUGGAUUUACACGUACGCCAGAUAUCGCAGAGACGUACAAUUCAUGAUCAACAUCAAGCUGGGCUUCUAUUGGCGGUUCUGUCUUCAGUUUUUCGUGCCCGUGGCACUCAUCGCUCUUUUCAUAUAUUUUCUGCUGGACUUUAAAGUGGUUACUUACAAUGGCGGACUGGCUUUUCCGCUCAUUGGUCGCGUGUUCGGCUGGAUUCUCUUCGGAGUAUCGAUGGCUAUGCUGCCAGUCGCGUUUUUCUUCACUUGUAAAAAUAUGGAAGGCGAAACUAUUAUUAAGAAAAUAGUAGCGUGCUUCAAACCGAACGAGAAGCAUGGCCCAAAGAACCCUAAAGUAAGAAAAGCUUGGGAAAGAUUCAAAGAAUAUGACAUCAACAAGCAAAUGAAGAAAUUUGCUGAAAUACCACUUGAAGCCACUCAGGACGAAAGAAAGUGGAAAGACUACCAGGAAAUUCAGAAAAUAAUGAAAGAAAAAUUGCAUUACUGGGAUACAUUCCAAGAAGAAAAGAAAGUUUCGUUCGUGAAGAGAAGCAUAGGACGAUGUUGCGGUGAUAAAAAUACAAAUGUUGAUACGAAAAUACUCAUUUGUGCGGAUUUGGUGCCCAUUGUGCUUCAAAAUUGAAAUAAUGAUAAUAAUAAGCUUUAAUUGAGUCUACUAACAAAUAUUUGAACAUUGAUCACCAGUUACAUAAUACGUUUUAGUUUGAUUAACGUAUUGUCGAUUUGCAAUAUACCUUUUAAUUAAUUUAUUUCGUGAUUAAGUUUACUCUAAGAAAAAGCAUACGAUUUACUACCUAAAAUUUUCAAAGAAUUUUUUACUUCAAUUUGAAACACAAAAUCAUUAUUCUGACCAUUCAAGCUGCAAAAUCAAUGUAGAUUUCAAAGCAACAAUUUUUAAAAUAAUUAAAAAUACAAGACUAUUAUUCAUAUGUAUACUGAAAUAUACAUAUUUAUACAAAUAUUACUUACAAUAAUGACCGCAUAAUACCCUGCAGACGCUAACUGUACGGAACCUAUUUCUAUGGAAUAUUUUUGGUACAUAUAAUUUUCUUUCUAACAUUUCCAUAUUAUCAUUUUCUGUUUCAUUAAUAAUGAUUCAUCUUUAAUUAUUAAUUAGCCAUGCAAACUCAACUUUCUCAUUUCAUGAAAGGAAUUCAUGUAUCAGUAAUUCAUUUACUAAUUAUGCAUUGUAUUUCAUUCAUUUCUGAGAUACCAAAGAAUAGGGUAACAUGUGGCAGCGAGCCCACUGCGGGUCAUUGGCCCAUGCGGGUUUCUCGCUAAGUA